CCAUGAAACUGCUGAAAAAAUUUAACCGAUCCCACCAUUUUUCGCGGGAAAUAUUUGAUAUCCGCCGACGCUUUCUUUAAUUUUCUUUCAUCCCACCAUUUUAACCAGUUUCUUGAAUCUUUUUGUACAUUAAUCAGAAAACCCAUUUGAUUUUACCGAUUUUCUGGUUAAACUAAAAAAAAAACCCUAAUCGAAAAAUUAGAUCUUUUGAAUAAUUGUAUUGAUAGUUGGAGUAGGUGGGUGGGUUUUGAUUGAUUUUGGGGGCAACUUCAUCAAAUUUGGAAUGACGAUGGAGUUGCAUCACAAAUUGUUCAUGAUUUUGGGUGGGGUUUCUUGAGAAUAUUGUAUCUUUUGGAAUUUAGCCAAAAAGCCCACGGAUUUUUGAGAUCUUUAUAAUUCGAAUUUGCGGUAAAAGAUUAUAUUCUGUUUGGAAACUGUUGUCUUUGCCAGUGGCUCUGCAAAUUUGGUGAAGAAGUAGAAUAUGUUUGAGAAGAAUUUGCAGAGUUUUUGAUUAGUUGGUUUGAAGAAGAACAGAAAGUACAAUGACGUUUGAGGCGGUUGAUCAUAAUCAUGGUCAUGACCAUGAUCAUGAUCAUCAAGGUGUUGACAGCAAGAAUGUUUUGGUGGGAAUUCGGUUGGAUGAAUGCGGGAGGGAGCUUCUUGAUUGGGCUAUGGUGAAAGUUGCAGAUUCAGGCGAUCGUGUGAUCGCGAUUAAUGUUUGUCGAAAUUCAGAUUCUGUAUCCAAGUAUAAGACUUUGUUGGAUGAUUAUUUGGCUGAUUAUGAAGGUCUCUGUGAUCACAAACAGGUGGAUCUCACUGGGCAGGUAUUAAGAGGGAAUUCAGUAAGAAAAGUUUUGGUUAGAGAAGCAAAGUUUUAUUCUGCAGCUGCAGUUAUUGUUGGGGUCAGCAAGAUCAAAGCUUUUGGGGGUUGGCUUUCAAUUGCCAAAUAUUGCGCCAAGAAACUACCUUUAGCUACUGAAGUAUUGGCUCUCCAUAACGGGAAAGUUGUUUUCAAGAGGUUUUCAAAUGGCGAGCUUUCAGUGUCAAUGACAGAUCCAAAGCCGAGUUUCUACUUGAUCGGGAACACGCAUUUAAAAGAUACCCAAUCUGAGUUUUGUGAAUCUGAGGCGUCGGAUAUGGGCAGACAUAGUGUCGAAGGGGCUCAAAACGGAGAUAUAAACUCAUUCGAAUUGAGAAAAAAAGCUUUGAGUUCGGUUUCAGUGGUAAUAGAAGACUUUGCACAUCAAAGGCCCGGUUGGCCACUACUUCGGGCCAAUGGUGUGUUGACCCCAUCAGCAAGGGAGGCUAGAAAAAUGUCGGUGGUCAAGUGGGUCAUGAACCUGCCAAACCGGUCUGCACCAGGAACGCCUAGGACCACUUCUUCAUCUAGCACUGAAGUUAGCCCCAAGAGUUUGGGAUCUGAUUCGAGAUCCGAAUGCAGCAUAUUUACAAAUACAAGUAAUGAAAGUAACACACCAAAGAGCCAUGAGUUGCCUGAAAUCUUGAACCUUUUACUUAAAACUAACUCGUCUCGCUGCCAAUGGAUCGGGUUUGAUCUACUCAAAGCCUCAACUUCUCACUUUGCGUCAGAGAAUCUGAUAGGGAAAGGUGGUUGUCAUCGCGUGUAUAAAGGGAUAUUUCCUGAUGGAAAAUCGGCGGCUGUCAAGAUCAGGAAGUCUUCAAAAGAAGCAUGGAAAGAUUAUAUUCUAGAAAUCGACAUUAUGACGUCACUAGAUCACAAAAACAUAACACCGCUUUUAGGGAUAUGUGUGGAGGACGACAACUUAAUCUCGGUUUAUGAUCUCGUGCCUAGAGGAAACCUGGAGGACAAUUUACACGGUGUAAUGAAGGAUAGAGCUGUUUUAUCAUGGGAAAUAAGACUGAAUAUAGCCAUUGGAGUUGCAGAGGCUUUAAACUAUUUGCAUAAAGAAUGCCUUAGGCCCGUUAUUCAUCGUGACAUCAAGACGUCUAACGUUCUUCUCACUGAUGAAUUCGAGCCGCAGCUAUCAGAUUUUGGGCUUGCGAUAUGGGGACCCACAACCUCGCCAUUUUUGAGUCACAGCGAUGUAGUAGGAACUUUUGGGUAUCUCGCCCCUGAGUAUUUCAUGUAUGGUAAAGUUAGUGAAAAGAUUGAUGUUUAUUCUUUCGGGGUCGUUCUUCUAGAACUUUUAACAAGAAAACGACCCAUAAGCUCGGAUCCUAUUAAAGGCGAAGAUAGUUUGGUUAUGUGGGCAAAACCGAAGCUAGAAAAGGGUGAUCUAGCAAGCAUACUGGAUGUUGAUUUGGACAAAGAAGCCAACAAAAGUGAAAUAGUUCGAAUGGCGCUUGCAGCGAUGCUUUGUCUCACUCGCUCAGCUAGACGACGUCCUACCAUGAGCCAGGUUAUAAAAAUUUUACGCGGGGAGCAUGAUUUGGAUGAGAGGGCAUCUCCGAAUGAUUGGGAAGUGUCGUGUAACAAUUGUGAUCAUGAUCAUGAUGAUGAUGAUGAUGAUGGUGAUGACGAUGAAGUUUAUCCGGAAUCAAAUGCAGAGUCGCACUUGAGUCUUGCGUUUCUUGACGUUGAAGAAAAGUCAGGAUGGUUUGGUAGUGUUGAUGUAAAGCAAAAUGCCCGUAUAUCGUUGGAAGGGUAUUUGAGGGGAAGGUGGAGUCGAUCUUCGAGUUUAGAUUACUGUAUAGGGAAAGCUGGUCUUGGAGAAAUGUAAAUAGUUAUGUAUAGUUUGAGAAUGUGUAAGAAAAUAUUACCCUCAAGUUUAUGAAGUAUAAAAAGGGUAAAUCGUUAGUAUCUUAAUAAUAUUUGAUUUACCAAGUCA